CAGGGCAUCAGUUGAAGUCAGUAUCUUCCAAUUUCUUCAAAAACCAGUCAUGAAUUACCAAGUGCCAGGUACGAGCUUGUGAAAGACAAUUCAUGUACCUUGGGCCAGGAAUGCUGAUGUUUUGCUCAUCGUUCGGUCACAUUUGCUGUUGGGGCGAUAGCCUAGCGCGUUCCUCGAAGCUUCGAUGUUGACGUAGUUGAUCCUUUCACCCAACGCUAGGCCCCAAGAAAUUUUGGUCGAUGUGCCUGGAGAUCCGUUCAUCAAUCCCUAAAUCACCAAUUCUUCACCGUUGAGAUCUCUUUUCUUUAGCCCUCCUCUUGGUCAAUCAGCUCCGGCAGUCUGAUUGAUGUCCACCUCAACCAGCGCGGAUGCUGCGGAUAUAUCCUUGGCCGCAGCCUUCGCUGCGUUAAGCGUUGAGUUUGUAGUUCACCCGUUCGACACCCUCAUUACGCGCAUACAAUCUCCGGAAUAUGUACCAAAAUACAGGAGUCAUGAGGGCAAACUCCAACCGGCCCUGUUCCGAGGCCUCUAUCGUGGCUUAACACCAACCGUAGUCACGACCAUCCCGGCAUCUGCCACUUUCUUCACUAUCUACGAAACGGCGAAGUCUGCUCUUCAACCAAAGGAAGGUCUCAAACCCGGGAGCCUGUCACAAACUGCUGUUCAUGCCGCCAGUAGCGCGUUGGCUGAUAUGGUUGCCUGCGCCAUCAUCAACCCGUCGGAAGUCCUCAAACAAAAUGCCCAAGUUGCAAGAUUCUCGGAGGGUGGCGUCCAACCAAAUCCCAUGUUAGCCUCACUCAAGCACUUCGCACGACAUCCUUUGAAACUAUGGACAGGAUAUACGGUGUUGGUAGCCGGAAAUCUUCCUCGUACCAGCCUCACGUUCUCGAUAUACGAGUAUCUCAAAGGUGCUUGGCUUCGGAGAUCAAAGAAGUCCGACAGCAUCGUGGAACAGGUCAAAGUGAGCGGAAUAACCGCUGGUAUCGGCGGCUCAAUAGCCUCUCUUUUCUUUGUCCCCAUCGACGUUGUGAAAACCAGAAUGCGGUUACCAGAGAAAGCUCCCCCUAGCCAUCUUUUACAACCAGAAGCAUUGUUCACAUCAUCGUUAAGUCGUGAGAAAGCCAGAAAGCCCGCUGCGAGAGGCCCCGUUUCCAUCGCCAAGGGCAUAUUGAUAAGAGAUGGAAUUUCAGGGCUAUUCAGAGGGGCAACUGUCACUUGUAUUGCAGCAGCUGUAGGGAACGGGUUGUUCUUGGGUUGUUAUGAAGGACUCAAGUUGCACUAUGCGCGUGAAGCUUCAAAGAAUGAGCUCAUUCAAUAAAGAAUGACAUCAAUUUGGCUCGGUAGGAAUAGGCAGUGUACGAUACGUGAUAAGUGUAUUUGUCACUUCUGGAUAACUGUGAGGUUAGUUUCAGAUAUUUACAAGCGACGUGUAACAUAGCACAAAGAAAACACUGC